UCCAACUCAUCGUAAAGGCGUUGCUUUUUGGGCUUCUGGAUGUGUAUUUAUUCAAGGUACACAAGUGCCUAAAAUUUCACAAGCAGAGAAGUAAAGAUGACUUACGUAGCUUUUCUCUUAUUUUUGUGCCUUAUUUCAUGUGUUCCCUCUUCUCCCUAUGCACAAAAUACGGACCUCAAAUUGCCACUGAAAGCUGUAAACCUCGGCAACUGGCUUGUCACCGAAGGAUGGAUGAAACCUUCUCGUUUUGAUGGAAUAACUAACAAAGAUCUUUUGGAUGGAACUCAAGUUCAAUUUCUGUCCACAAAGCUAAACAAGUAUCUGUGCUCUGAAAAUGGUGGUGGAACAGUAGUAGUAGCCAACCGUCCCUCAGCUUCUGGUUGGGAAACCUUCCGGUUGUGGAGGGUGAACGAGACAUAUUUUAAUUUCAGAGUGUUUAACAAGCAGUUUGUGGGAUUGGGAAGUCAAGGUGUAGAAGCUGUUUCAAAUACACCUACCGAUUCUGAGACAUUUCAGAUUGUAAGGAAUGAUGGUGAUCUCAACCGAGUUCGCCUCAGAGCAGCAAAUGGGUUGUUCCUCCAGGCACAAUCGGAGACAUUAGUAACUGCAGAUUAUGCAGGCUCUAGUUGGGACGAUAAUGAUCCAUCUGUGUUCAAAAUGACAAUCGUAGUAAACAACUUACAUGGUGAAUUUCAAAUCACAAAUGGUUAUGGCCCAGAAAAAGCCCCCCAAGUCAUGCAGGAUCACUGGAAUUCUUACAUCACUGAGGAGGAUUUCAAUUUCAUGUCGGCAAAUGGUCUGACUGCUGUGAGGAUACCAGUAGGAUGGUGGAUAGCACAGGAUCCAACCCCACCAAAGCCUUUUGUUGGAGGCUCCUUGGAAGCCUUAGACAGGGCUUUCACAUGGGCAGAGAAAUAUGGGAUGAAGGUAAUUGUUGAUCUGCAUGCACUCAAAGCCUCGCAGAACGGAAAUGAGCAUAGCGGAGCAAGAGAUGGUUAUCAGGAAUGGGGAGAUUCCAACAUCGAUGAGACUGUUGCAGUAAUAGAGUUUCUUGCAGCAAGAUAUACCCGAAGACCAAGUUUGGCUGCAAUUGAAUUGAUGAAUGAGCCUCUGGCACCGGGUGUCACUUUCGAUGCCCUUACAAAGUAUUAUAAAGCUGGAUAUGACGCUGUAAGGAAGCAUUCAAAUGCUUAUGUGAUCUUAUCAAAUCGUUUGGGACCUACUGAUUCAAAGGAGCUCCUCUCCUUUGCUAGCAGCUUGGAUCGUGUAGUCAUCGAUGUGCAUUUCUACAACCUCUUUUCAGAAGGGUUUAACAACAUGAAUGUGCAACAGAACAUUGAUUUCAUCAAUAAUCAACGAUCUUCCGAUCUCAGCACCUUGACCUCAGCUAACGGCCCCUUGGUUUUUGUUGGGGAAUGGACUGCAGAAUUUGCACGAAACGAUGCAUCAAAAGAAGAUUACCAGAGAUUUGCGCAAGCUCAACUAGAUGUAUAUGGUCGUGCAACUUUUGGUUGGGGCUACUGGGCUUACAAAUGUGCGCAAAACCACUGGAGUCUCAAGUGGAUGAUCGAGAACAACUAUAUAAAGCUUUGAAAUCAUAAUGGGGGCCUCAAGUGAGAAAGAACUUGAUAAAGCUUUGAAAUUGCAAUAAAUGACGCCGAGAUUGGCUGAAAGUUGAUGCAAGGGAAAAGGAGGAAAACUGCAUUUUCUGCAAUAUUAUAUAGUGAAUUAAGAUGUAACCUGCACUUAUAUGCUAAUCUAUUUUUGAAGCAACAUAUAUGGAAUAUAAAGUCGACUUUGAUAUAGAAUCCUCGCAAA